AAUAGCAUUAUCAUACCAAUACAUGGCGCGGCUGCAGCCAAUCGGAGAGCAGCUCAUUGGCAGCCCCGCACGAGCUGCUCUGUAUAAAAGAGGGAAGCCUCUCCUCCGAGAACAGCCUGCUCUUUCUGCGGAUCUGCUUCACUGCCUUUCCAAACUCCCUUUGCCUUGGAGGAGUCUCGGCAUCGUCAUCAACAUGACUCUUGAGGAAGUUCUGACCCAGAAAACCACCGAACGUGCCGAGUGCACCGGCCAAGCACUGGAAGAGGUGCUGGUGACCGCCAUGGACAACCACUCCCUCACCGUGGGGGUCUACGAGUGCGCAAAAGUGAUGAAUCUUGAUCCAGACAGUGCGUCCUUCUGCGUGCUGGCCGUGGACGAGGAUUUCGAGUGUGACAUCGCUCUGCAGAUCCACUUCACCCUCAUCCAGUCCUUCUGCUUCGACAACGACAUCAGCAUCGUCAGAGUGAGCGACAUGCAGCGUCUGGCUGAGAUUGUCGCCGACAAGUCGGAGCAUCUCGAAGAUGCUCACUGCGUCCUCAUCACGAACCCAGCCGACGGAGCUUGGGAGGACCCUUCUCUGGAGAAGCUGCAUCUGUUCUGUGAGGAGAGCCGGCGUCUGAACGACUGGGUUCCCGAGAUCAGCCUCCCCGGGCGCUGAUGCGGGAUCGGGCUCUUCUCUGUGAAGCUCGUCAUCUAGGAAACACUCAUCCUGACGGACAGGAUGAGGCUGUCUCUGCUCGUCCCUGGAUACUCCCGAGGAGGAUUCCCAAUCCAGGCAGCACGUCGCCUCUUGGUCCGUCCGUGCCGAGGUGACUCUCAUUCUUUGUGUGAAUGAGGUCAGGUAUGCCUCGAGAGCGACACAUCAUCGACCCUCAUUCUUUGUGCGGAUGAGGUUUGGAGAGGAAGGAGAAGCGACGCGUGCGUGCUGCGGUCUCACGGAUCGUGCGCGCGUCGCUCGUCGAAGCACGCGCAGCAGGAGAAGAAGCGGUGCUGAGGAAGAGGACUUCUUAAGAAGAGACUUUUUCAAGAUGGCCUCUUGGCUGAGCAGCGUGACAACAGUUGCAGUCAGCGAAAAUCUUUCCCACUUUCCAGAAUUGUCUUCAUUCUCUAAAGGUUUCACUUUAGACGUUUAACAAUGACAAAAAAAAAAAAGAUAAAUAUCAAAAAGAGAACAUACAUGCCUGUUCUCUAAAGGUUUCACUUUAGAAUCCGGCUGAAUUAAAUUAAUGCUAAAUAUGAAAGUAUUGUACAUUCUCAUUCUUGGAAAAAAAUGUAAAAAAAAAAAAAAACAAGAAAAUCUGAUAUUGUUGGAAUUUACAAAUGGAAAAGAAUAAAAAAAGACAUCAGCAGAAAUCAUAAUCUUUGGUGUGUGUUUUCACUUUCUUUUGCAAAUAGUAAUGCUUGAAUACAGGGCUCAUAGAGGAGGGGUGAAGGGCAAAUAAAAGUUUCAAACUCAGCAAAUUUGUCUGAGAGGGGGGCUCUGGUCUGUCAUCUGCUCACUGCGGUCCCCCUGCAGCACAAGACAGAAAAAAAAAAAACGCCCCCCUCGCCAACCCCUCGUCUAAUCUGCAUGUGUAAAGACACAAUAGCGCAGCUCCGGCCGGGCCUGUCAGCUCCAGCGGCCCGGACACAGCCCCCAUUGUCUGCCCUGCAGAUGUCUCCGCAGCCACGCCACGCCAUCUGCUGUUGCUGCAGGAGGGGGUCGGCCAGGGCAUGGCUGAGGGAGGCUUUAGUGUGCUCUCCCGUACCAAAAAACGGACAAGUUGGCUUUGGGGCCAGCUGGUUUGGGCCGGUUGUGAAAAAGAGAGGGGUCCCACCGUGCGGCAUCUGGGGUCCUGCCAGCUGCUGUCGUGGCUAUUGUUUACUCGCAGGAACUUGGUGAAACUUUGGUAAACAGGCCACAUAAAGGCGCACUUUCAGCUCCGUUCGGGUGCAGCGGCCACCUGCUCGAUGCCGGAAGAAUAAUA